AUGGCUGUUUACAACGCUUCUAUUCCUCCAAAAUAUAAUUUGACAAACGUACGCAGCCCUGUAGUCAUUAUGGUAGGGCGGGGAGACAAGCUGGCGACAAUCAAGAAUGCAGCCUUACGAAAUCAGCUGCCAAAUGUCAAGCAGUUUGUAGUGCUUCCGCGAACUGAAGCUAACCACCUUGACUUCAUCUGGGGCAGGACUAUGGCCGAUUACUUGUAUCCAUAUAUUUUAAAGGCCCUUGGUUAUUAA